AUGACGACUCUUGCUACACUCCCGCCUCUCACCCCUGCGCAGAAACAGCAUCUCCUGGAGAAGCUUGCUGAAGAUAUCAUGUGCCCAGAGGAGCUUCACGCCCUCUUACAUGCUGAUGGAAACAAGCGCUUGACAUGUUAUGACGGUUUUGAACCCAGUGGAAGGAUACAUAUUGCGCAAGGAAUUGCAAAGGCCAUUAAUGUUAACAGGUUAUUGAGGUCAGGUAUUGACUGCGUCUUUUAUGUGGCAGAUUGGUUUGCUGCUUUAAAUAAUAAAUGCGACGCAGAGCUCUCAAAGAUCCAAAUUUUAGGGCGCUACUUUGUGGAGGUUUGGAAAGCGUGCGGGAUGCUGGGUGUCUCUAAACCGGUUGUGUUUAGUACGGGCCAAAAAGCGUCUGUCAGGUUUGUGUGGGCAAGUGAGUUCAUCAGGCAGAACUCUUCCUCGUACUGGAUGCGCGUAAUGAAUAUUGCACGUAGCUUUACGGUGCCUCGUAUGCAGCGAUGCUCAACUAUAAUGGGCCGAACAGAGGGUGAUGAUCAGCCAAUUUCUCAAAUACUAUAUCCCUCAAUGCAAUGUGCGGAUAUCUUUGAGCUAAAGCUGGAUCUGGUUGAGAUGGGACUUGAUCAGCGUAAGGUAAAUGCCUUAGCCCGGGAUUACUGCGAUAAAUCUGUAGAGCUAAGGCACCAUAAGCCUGUUAUUCUCAUGCACCACAUGCUGCUUGGCCUUGUGGGUGACGGUAAAAUGAGCAAGUCUGUUCCUGACUCUGCUAUUUAUAUGGACGAUUCCUUCGAAGAAAUUCAGCGAAAGAUCAUGAACGCUUCUUGUCCAGAACCAGGAGCCGAGAGCGGCAAUCCUAUUCUUGAGUACUACAAGUACAUUGUGUUUGGCGCAAUAGAGCAGGAGAUGAUAUCAACAGAGUGUUUAGGAUCAGUUGUUGUCCUACCAUACGACCGGGACGGUAGUGCCGCUGACUGCAGUCAAUUCGCUAAUUAUGAGGAGCUGGAGACGGCAUAUGUGGAGGGAAGAAUUGCACCACAUGUUCUUAAGUCCUCGUUGGUUCACUAUAUAGACAGUCUUAUCGCCCCCGUCCGUGCCCAUUUCAAGUCGACCCCAGAGCUUUCUCGCUUACUCUCUGAUGUGCACAACAUACGAUCUGUCCGCUAA